CCAUUAAUAGUACGAUCUAGAAGGGUGAGCGCCAUCUUGUUUUUGUCACUUCCCGUUCCCCAAAAAUUGGGGAAAGAAUUUUGCGUUCGUGCAAAUAAACGUGGAUCAAGAGUGAAACGGGCGACAGGGGAGAGUUGAGCUGAGGACAUUUGGUUCCCGUUUUUCGUGUUGCAGUUUAAGAGAUGACCUAGCACGGACAGAUCAGGCUUCCCACAAUGCCCCUGAUCAAGCGGAAUGUAGAUCCUGUGCACCUCUGCAGGGGGUCUCUACCUCAGGGCAUCAGUAAUGAACUUGAGUGUGUGACCAACAAUGCACUGUCUGGAAUCAUCCGCCAGCUCAGUAACCUGAGUAAGCAUGCAGAAGACAUGUUCGGGGAGCUGUUCAAGGAAGCCUCAGCCUUCCAGCACCGCUGUGUGACCUUACAGCAGCGCAUCGACAAGCUUAGGGUCAAGGUGACACAACUGGACUCUACAGUGGAAGAAGUGUCUCUACAAGACAUCAACAUGAGGAAGGCGUUCAAGACGUCCAUCGUCCCAGACCAGCAGGUCACGUCACGACAGUCAAUGCCGUCCGCCAUGCAGGAUACGUACAACCAGUGUGACAAGCCUCCUCCUCUCAACAUUCUCACACCUUACAGGGAUGAUGGGAAAGAGGGGCUGAAGUUCUACACUGAUCCAAACUUCUUCUUCGAGCUGUGGUGUAUGGAGAUGCAGAAGGAUGUCCAGGCCAUCAAAGACGCGCGGCGCAGGAAGCAGAAGCGUGAUCGAGGCCCACAGCGUACAAAGGACCGUAUCCGUAGUCCUGGCAACAGGCUGAAGGAGAUCCAGAAGCAGGCUAAAGGGAAGGAGUUUGCUGAGGCAGCAGAGACACCGGUAGUGAGGACAGCUGGGAACUACGACCAGAUCCAGAACUACAGACAGUCUGGUGCUCAACAGCAAUAUCAACAGCAGGCCAGGCCCAACCAGGGCUCCCCACCUCCCCCUUACACAGAACAUGAAGACCCGUACGCCUCCCGUAAUCGCUACCCAUCCGGCCACGCCCCCAGCAUCAGUCGUACCCCUUCCCAGCGCCCUGUACAGGCACCCCCACCCCCUCCCCAGCAGAAUGGUAUGCCACCCCCUGGGUCCCACCUUCCACCCCCUCCCCCACCGCCCGACUCUGCCGCGUACCGCAACAGGAUGACCAUUCCUGCAGGUGCACCUCCACCUCCCCCCACCCCAUCAGACGACCUACCUCCACCUCCCCCACCACCCCCCUCAGAUGGCCCCACAACCCCCUACUCACCCCCACCACCUCCGCCGCCUCCCCCAGACAUGGCGCAGCAAGCUGCCCCCAGUGGUGCUGCCCCUCCUCCACCCCCACCCCAGGCUAAUGGUGUACCUCCCCCACCACCACCACCUCCUCCUGGGGGCUCAGUGGCUCUCCCCUCCAGCACCCCCGGGACAGCCACGCCGUCGUCUGCAUCGAGCGAAGCCGGCGCGAGCCCGGCUGGGGCGGCUGCUGGGAAACCAGCGCAGAAGCCAGCCCCGCACCCAGUAGACGACGCCCGCAGUGACCUGUUGGCAGCCAUCCGGCAGGGUGAGUCAUGCUCCUUACAAAGGUUAACAAGAGGUAAACACAGCUAA